AUGGAACAAGCUAAGAAUGAUGAUGAUGUCUUCAUUACAAAUUAUAUACUUCAUAUAAACUCAAUUGCACCACCGAUUGUGAUGUAUGAAUGGAAACACAGUCGUGCGGGAAAAUUUACAUCGGUUUCUUCUAUCUCUUAUACAUCGUUAGGAACUGUACUUGCUCGAAUACAUUCGAUUGAUUAUAGUGAGUUCUUAUAUUUACCACCCUUUCCGUUUGGUAUGGCACAAAUGUUACCAUUGUUUUAUGAAGAAUUACAUACACUCUCCAAAUCCUUACAGCAACAUUCAUUUAUCGCUGUGUUAGAAAUGGAAUUGCAGCGUAUUUGUCAAAGCUUGUAUAAAAAAGCACCAUAUGAAAAGUUACUUACAAGCUAUGAAGAUUGGCCUAAAGAUAUUAUAACAGAACAGACGUUGGACGAAUCUGUGUUUCUUAUUCGCGGCAACGAUAGAGGAAGACCAGCAUGGCAUUAUAUCCUUGUUCCUAUAUACAAAUGUGCUGAUCUCAACGCUAAUCCAGCAGGUUCAAAUAUUGAUGUCACAAAUUUUGGUAGCUUCAUUAAAUAUCGAAAUAAUCGAGAUGAAAUUAAACAAAUGUCUGGAUGGGGAACUGAUCCACCUAACAUAAUUCAAAAAUGGAUUGAUACGCAUUAUAGUACUGCAGCUGUUGAUGAAAGCAUCAAUUUAACUUACACAAAUGAUGACAUUCGACUUUGUACGAUGCAACGUGCCAUACCAGAACAAAAAAUAGGUGUUUCUUUGCAUUACUUUGCAUCUCAACUUUUCCAUUAUAUCAAACUGACUGAGAAUUUACCAUCGAGCUUAGCUCAUCGAGCAGGACUAAAAUCCUAUGAUCGAAUCAUCUAUUUUAAUGGUGUCAAUAUUGAGAAUGAUACUUAUGAACAGUUCGAUCUUCUAUUUGAAACCGCGCGGCAUCUUCCAGUUCAAAUGCUUGUCUGUAGUCCAGCAACUUAUAGACACUACAAAACUAAUAAAAAGCGAUUUCAUCUUGAUCUUCCAACUAUUCAACAUGUAAAGCCAGUAUAUGCAACUUCAACAUCGGAUUCUCAUACAUAUGUACCAGCAGUUUCUGUUGACAAUGCAAGUUUUUGUGCUGUCCGAUGGGAAAAUAAUAACAUUGUUUCAACAGUAUCUCAAUUAGCGGUUUUCCAAUCACCUGAAUUUACUCAUGUAAAGGAUAUCUGUUAUAUCGAAAUAAAAGGACAAUAUCGAAAAGGACAAAUUAUUGCUAAAGCCAUUCUUGCUGCAUGUCCUAACCUUCAACAUCUUCAAGUUCGUGUUUUGUAUAAUGAUAAUAAUGACAUUCUCACUUCAUCUUCACUACUCAAUCAUCCACUUCGACGACUAAUUCUUUGGAGUGAUUAUGCCGACUUAACUUUGGAUGUCAUCGACAAUAUUCUUACUUAUACACCAAACGUUGAAUAUUUCUAUUUACAAACAAUAUAUUCUAUGUCGUUGAUUGAUUUAUUUCAUGGCCUAGUGAAACGACUUCAUUAUUUAUCACGAUUCGAUUGUUAUAUUACAGAAAUGUUAACAAAGAAGGAUAGAAUAAAUAAUUUAACUGAUUUACAUCAAAUUCAUCGUUGUUUUAAUCGAAUUCAUUCUAUAGAAGAAAAUGAUAAAUUUCGAAUUUUAGCUACCAAAUAA